AUGAAUUUCAUGCCUCCGCCAGGUUACCAGCCCAUCUACAAUCCCUGCAUUCCAUAUGUAGGGCCCAUCUGUGGAGGCCUGAGGACAGGGAUGUCUGUGUAUGUCCAAGGACGGGUUCCCCAUGAAAUCACCAGGUUCCACAUCAACCUGCAGUGUGGGGAGAUGGAGGGCUGUGACAUUGCCUUCCACUUCAAUCCACGCUUUGAUUUCUGGGACAAAGUGGUGUUCAACACCUUUCAGAAUGGAUGCUGGGAAGGGGAGGAGAAAAUCCAUGAGAUGCCCUUCAGCAAGGGGGACACCUUCGAGCUGGUCAUUGUUGUCAACUCAGAGGGCUACCAGGUGAAUGUGAAUGGCCGUCAGUUCUACCUUUUCCAGCACCGCAUGCCUGUGGAGCGAGUGUGUGCCCUGCAGAUCGGAGGGGACAUCAUCGUUGAGACACUGAACAUCAUCGGGGGUGGGGGAGGAGGAAUGGGGUACCCAGGCGGAAACCUGCCGAUGAUGGGUGGAGAGCCAAUCUACAACCCUUGCGUCCCUUACUCCAAUAUGAUCCCUGGUGGGAUGAUGCUCAAAAGGACCAUCAUUAUCAGAGGCAUGGUGCCAUAUGGAGCCAACAGGUUUGCCAUUAACUUCAUGGCGAGUGGCUCCCGGGAUAUUGCCUUCCAUUUUAACCCUCGGAUAAUGGAGGGGUUGGUGGUGCGAAACUGCUACAUGGGUGGCAGCUGGGGUGAAGAAGACAGAGAGCUUAACUUCAACCCUUUUCAGGAGGGGCAGUACUUUGAUAUCUCGGUGCGCUGUGGCAGCGAGAGGUUCAAGGUGUUUGUGAAUGGGCAGCACGUGUGCGACUUCUACCACCGCUUCCAGCCCUUCACCCAGAUCGACAUGCUGGAGAUAGAAGGGGAUGUGCAGCUGUCCUACAUUCACUUCUGAGGUCCUGCUCUGUCCUGCCCCCCUCCCCCCAGUGCUUACCUGAUAUGCAGAGAACCCAGCUUCA